AUGGAUCAACAAGAGGAGAACCUGGCCGUCACGGGACGUGCCGUUCAAGCCUUGGUAGCACAGGUGUCCGAGCUCACCCAGCAGCUCCAACAUCUGGCUGUUCCCACUGCGCCCAGCCCACCGCCGAUUCCCCAACUGCCGCCAGCACCCGACCAUCAACCUGAGCCUCGACUACCCGCGCCUGAGAUGUAUGCUGGACGUGCAGCAUUAUGGGGAACGGCGGUGUGGGAAAAUCAACAUCAAUGCUGUUCCUCGUUCCAGACACUGUCGGAGGAGAUGAAGCGAGUGUUUGAUCGGGCGACCACUGGACGGGAGGCCGCUCGUCAGCUCGCAGACCUGCGCCAGGGUAACCGUUCAGUGUCGGACUACGCCAUCGACUUCCGCACCCUGGCUGCCGAGUGUUACUGGAACGAGGAGCAGCAAAUCUUCACGCUGGAUCUACCCAAGAGGUUCGACGAACUCGUAGAGUUGGCUCUGAGGGUGGACGCUCGCUUACACCAACUGGAGCAGCGGACCAGAGCAGCCCAGGGGCCCGUGAGUGUCAGAGACCUGCAGUCCAGCGGCAGUGAUGCGGUCAGCCCCGCCUACAAUCCCGAGCCCAUGCAGACGGAGGUGGCAAAUUUAUCUAACGUGCCCGCGGAGUAUCGCGACCUGCAGGAGGUGUUUACGGGGGCGGGAUUCUUUUUUGUGGGUAAGAAGUAUGGAUCUCUGCGACCGUGCAUUGAUUAUCGGGGGUUGAACAACAUCACGAAACCAUUACUGAAAGGUUCCUUUCAUCAAGGUGAUGCCCGCUUUGGAAAUUCACGUGGCAGACAGUGUGGUGCCAUCAGUCUGAUAGCAGUGUUGAUGAGCAAGAUGAAGAACGUGUUGACCUGGACAACACAAGAUCUCAAUGGUGUAUUGGUUGCAGGAACACGCCUUUAUGAAUCUUUACGAAACCAGGGUCCGUGUCAGACAAAGAGUAUCAAACCAGAUGGUAACUGCUUUUUCAGAUCACUGGCAUAUGCGAUUUGUGGAAGUGAGGACAAACAUUUGAAGAUUCGCCGUGCAGUUGUCAAACACCUGAAAAUGAACGCUUCAAUAUUUGAGAGGUAUGUGAGAAGUGAGUAUACUUCAGUAGAGGACUACUUGAUACAAUCUAGAGUCUAUUAUUCUGGGUCAUGGGUCACUGAAAUUGACAUCUUUGCUUCUGCUGAUCUAUUUAAAACAACAAUAAUGACUUUUAAUGAUGGCCGGUGGAAUGCACACAAACCUACUGGAGAGGUAAUUGUAAACAAUGCAAUAUAUUUGAAAAACUGUAAUGGUAAUCAUUAUGAAGUUGUGACAUGUGUCAAGCACAGAGAUCAAGACAUUUGCGCAGCAAAGUGUGGGAAUGCUACUUCAAAUGAGGUGAGAAUGCUAUGUCUGCGUAAAAGGAAGGUAAGUGACGCUGCAGAAUGUGACCAAGAGACCAAGAGACAGAAACAAUGGAAGUAUGAGAAGUCCAAGUAUGAUAGUGACAUUGAUUUCAGACAGAAUAAAAUUGCCCAUGCCAAAACAAAAUACCGUGAUGUUCAGUUUCAGAAACAUGUUUGCCAGUAUUCUCAGAUGAAAUAUAAAAAUAAUGUCUCAUUUCAGGCAACUGUACGUGAGUAUUCCAAGAAGAAAUAUCUUCAAAACCUGGCCUUUAACACAAGAGUGCGUGAGUAUUCCAAGAAGAAAUAUCUUCAAAACCUGGCCUUUAACACAAGAGUGCGUGAGUAUUCCAAGAAGAAAUAUCUUCAAAACCUGGCCUUUAACACAAGAGUACGUGAGUAUUCCAAGAAGAAAUAUCUUCAAAACCUGGACUUUAAAGUAAGAGUGCGUGAGUAUUCUAAGACAAAAUAUCACAAAGAUGUAAACUUUCAUUUCAGUAAAAUACAAAAAGGCUGUGAGGUAUAUGCAAAAAAAAGGGAAAAACAGAAAGACAUUGGUGUUGCCAUUGCUGGUUUUCGUCAAGAAGUGAGUAGAGGUCCAGAGUUUGUGUGCUGUGUUUGUCACCGUUUACUUUUCAGAAAGCAGGUUACUGAAUGCAAACCAGAAUGCUAUGAAGACAAAGGAGACAAAAUUGCUGCUUUGGCAAGAAGAUGCAUCACCCUGAGAUUGAGGUCCAUGAAGGUCUGUUCAAGUUCACAAGUGAAAACGAUUCCAAGGUCUAUACAGUCCUGACCAUUCCAUACCAAGUCUCCCAUAAUUGCUCUUCUUUCUGGAGCUCCAAAGCUACAUCCAGUCAAGCCAUCCAAACAACACUGGAUGCUUCCAAUCAGCAUAGGAAGCAUCCACAAAGACUGCCUGCAUUCCUACAGUUGUCUUAUAAAAUGCAAUUAAGUUAAUAGGAUUACAAGAAAACAUCUAAAAAUGAUCUAGAAAACUUCACAUAGAAAGAUUUCUGAAUGAACUGAAGUUAUAAUUUCCUCCAUAUGUCAUCACAAGAUUAUCUGCACCAUGAACUUUUAUAAAGAAUCGCACAACUAUUAAGAUGGUAAGUUUUAUUGAAGUAAAUUUAAGUUGUGGACAUUUAUACAAGCACUGAUAAUCUACUAAUGGUACACUUUCAGAUUUGUGCAGCAACUCUAACUACUGUUGAUAUUUUGAAGUCCACAUAUCCCUAUACAAAUGUCCACAAAAGAUUUCUGAAAUUCACAGAAGUCAUAAUUUCCUCCAUAUACCCAUCACAAGAUUCUCUGCUCCAUGAACUUUUAUAAAGAAGCGCACAACUGAUAAAACAAUUUGUGCAGCAACUCUAACUACUGUUGAUAUUUUGAAGUCCACAUAUCCCUAUACAAAUGUCCACAAAAGAUAUCUGAAAUGCACUGAAGUCAAAACUUCCUCACAUAUACCAAUGAAAAGAUUGUAUGCGGCAUUAACUUCUCUAAAGUGUACAACUGAUUAAAAAAGAAAUAGUGACAACAACAUUCUUCUGAACUAUCAAUUCAAAAAUUGUUCUGAAAAAACUUUAAACCUAUGCAGGCAGUCAAUAGUCAAUUGUUAUUUUACAAAUGAAUACAUAAUCUCCACAGUAACAAUGUUGAAUGGAUGGCUUGUAUUACAUUUGGCCUAUGUAUAGUUACUUUAAUAUGUGCCAGCCAAAAGAGGAUGGCCUGCCCCUGCUGAGUCUGGUUCCUCUCAAGGUUUCUUCCUUUGCCACUACGCUGAUUAUGCUCCAGCCCUUGGUCCAUGAUGUUCCACACUGCUAUCUAUGGGAGUUUUUCCUUGCCACUGUCGCCUUUUUGGCUUGCUCACUGGGGUAUUAAGGCACAACAUGUUAAA